AAACCGAAGAGAGCGUGUACAUGUUCGUACUAAAAUAGAUUGCAGUUGGCGAGCGUGCAGUUAAAAAUACCCAAGUUGGAUAGGACAAAUUCUUCAAUAACCGUGUUACAAUCUGAUGAAAUUGAACAUUUCAACAGCCCAACUUUUUAAAUAUGACCAAGAAGAACGGCAAAAGAUAUCAAGAAUUAGCAGAAUCUAGAAAAAAUCGUCAACAGGAAUCGCAAGAAUUGAGAAACUUUUUGAAAGACAGAGAAAUGUACGUUCCGGGGAUGAAAUUAGAGCAAAUGCGUAGUUUGUGUGAUGUCAUUGAAGAGUCCAUGUUGGACGAGCAGCUUCGUCAGUCAAUGGAGCAAUCGGACCCGCAAACAGAUGCUGUUCUGGAUAUGAUCGGUCGUCACAAGGAGGUACUUCUUCGAGAAUACCAGCCCUUCGCUAUUGUCGCUCUGCCCGACGUCAAUAGUAGCUUUAAAUGUGCUACAAAAAGCGAGGCUUCCGGUCCAUCCCCGCCGAAAAUAAAGCACAGCGGCCUUCCGAACGAUUCCGUAUCGGUUGCAAAUCAAUUUGUACUACAGCAGACGGUCGCCUCCCCACCAAUUAUUAGAAAGUCUCGAAGGAAACGUUCGCCGGACGUCAACGUGGAUUCGAGUGACUCCGAAAACUGGUACUCUCCCGAUUGUCCAGGACCAAAUUGUCGUGUUAUCGUUAAGGUGGAAGUAGAAAUACAUUCACCACCUAAAACAGCUGAUAUUGAUGAUGUUGAAGCUGGCACAUCUUCGCACAACCUAAGUUCGCACAAUGAUUCAGGCAAGAAACGAGGUAUCGAACGCAGUCAGGAACCGAUCCAAUGGGACUCGAUUGAUGAGUUCAUCUAAACUUUGUCCGAAAAGACCAAAUUUAUAAUUUCAGGAAGAUCAAGAAACGGGGAAGGUGAGUCGUUCAAUUUGUUAGAAUUAUUUUUAUAUCGUUGAAAUUGUCAUAAUAAAAGAUUUAUAAUAAC